AUGCCGCCAGAAGAGGGAUACAAACGUGUGAAAGAAAUACUGAGAAAAAACUUUUGUCGAAAUCAUGUAGUAACCCAAUCCUUCUUGAAUAAAGUGAUUGCUGGUCCACCUAUCAGGGUCAGUGAAAAUGAGAAGUUGUCGCAGCUAACAAGGGACAUGGAAACAUGUUUUCUUGGUUCUUCUCAUUUGGGUAAUGGGGCAAACAUCAACUCCAUGGACACUCUUGGGAACGUGGUUAGUUGGCUACCUGUUCAUUUGAGGUCGAAAUGGGCAGAGAAAGCAAGCCAGUUAUAUGAUAACCAUGUUACACCAGAUUUGAUCCACUUAACAGAAUUUGUUCAAUCUCGUGCUGCAAUAGCAAAUACCUAUUUUGGGCAGAUCAUCGGUUCGAAAGUGGAUAUGAGAAAAAACGGUGGAGAUAAAGGAAGGAGAAACCCAUCUUUCCUUAAAGAAAACAACACAAGCUUGGCGACAUACGGACAGAAUGUAGAGUUUGUCAUGCUUGUCUCAGCCCAGGACACUUUGUAAAGAAUUGCAGAGGGGCUCGCAUAUGCGGUGGUGAAGGUUGCCAAAGAAUACACAACCCUUUACUGCAUUCGUCCGAAAAGGAAGUCAAACCUCCCCAAGCAGAUCCUGGUGCAGAAUCCGGUUCAGCUCCUGAGAACAACCGGUCUUCGCAAGGGACGCAAGAUAUGCAAUCUGGUGGAUAUAAUGUAUCUGGUGUUGGUGCAACAAAUUCCUCGUCUCGCAGCUAUCGUAUUGGCCUUCAAGUUGUUCCUGUCAGGGUUAGUGCACCUUAUGGUAAUCACGUUAUUGAAACUUAUGCGUUUUUGGACAGUGGGUCAAACACCGAUCUUGGUGCUGAUUGUACGCCUGUUGAGCUUACCUUAUCAACUGUUUCAGGAAACCAGAAACGAAAUGGCCAACAAUUGUCUCUCGAUGUUGUCGGAGUAGCCACUGGAAAGGGUGUUAGAUUAAAUAAAGUGUGGACAACCGAUAGUUUACCAGUAGCCCCAGAGAGCAUUCCAACGACUAGUGACGUGCAAGAUUGGUCUUAUCUUAAGGACGUUGACAUUAGUGGUUUAGUGGAUAAGAAGGUAACCAUUCUGAUUGGAAGUGACGUCCCGGAAGUUCUUUGUCCUCUUGAAGUACGUGCGGGGAAGAAGAACCAACCUCAUUCAAUAAGAACAAUUUUAGGUUGGAUGGUGAUGUGACCUCUGAAGGGAAACAGUUACCAGGAAGCCCAAUUAAACUGUAUCCAUGUUGAUCAAGCGCUCGGUUGCAAAGAAGACGUGAAGGGUAUGAGUUCUAUUCACGAGCAAUUAGAAAGUCUAUACAACUCUGAGUUUAGUGAAUCGGCAGCCGACCUGAAGGAAUGUCUUUCGAUCGUGGACCGUUGUGCGAAGGCAAUGAUGGACAGUUCCGUUAAACUUAAAGAUGGGCACUACGAGAUUGGGCUUCCGUGAAAGUAUAGCGAACCAACCUUACCGAUUAAUACAUCUAUGGCAGAAAAGAGACUGGGCUAUUUGAAGAAAAUAUUGGAGAGAGAUCCCACCCUUCAUGCUAAAUAUAAGGCAACAAUGAAGGAGAUAUAAAAUCCGGAUGGUUUAUCACCUAAGAAACCGAUCUGGUACUUACCCCAUCACCCUGUGACCCAUCCACAAAAGCCAGAUAAGGUGAGAAUCGUUUUCGACUGUGCUGCAAAAUACCACAAUACAUCCCUCAACGAUCACCUACUUCAAGGACCCGACUUUACAAAUUCGUUAGUUGCGUGUUGCUGCGAUUCCGUCAAGAAAGAGUAGCCGUGAUGGCUGACAUAGAGAUGUUUCAUCAAGUCAACGUCAAUGAACAAGACCGUGAAGCGCUGAGAUUUCUGUGGUGGCCAGAAGGAGACCUGUCGAAAGAACCAGUUGAACACCAAAUGACCGUUCAUUUGUUCGGCGCAACAUCUCCGCCAAGUUGUUGUUCGUAUUCAUUAAAGAAAACCGCCGAAGAUAAUAAGCAGGACUUCAGUAAGCAAUGCAUUGACACGGUGAAUCGUGACUUUUAUGUAGACGAUUGCUUGAAAUCUGCUUGAAGCUGUCAAUUUAGUGGAAGAGCUCCCGGUAUUAGCGACCUUAAGCAUGUCAAGGCUGGUUUCCAGUCAGUGGAAUUUUGCGCGCGGGCGGAAUUUUUUAGGCGGAUUUUGAUCUGCGCAUGCGCAUAUGGUAAUUUUGUAUGCGUCAGCAGGCGGAAAAGUUUCCUCCAAGUUCCUUCAAGCGCACAAAAAAAAGUUGAACUUUGUUCUACUUUCCCGCUUUGCGAGCGGCGGAAAAUUAUUUCAACCAAUCAGAUUGCGUCUUGAAGACACCUUCCUGCAUUGCUGUGGUUUGAAAAGAAAAAUGUCUGACAAUGCUAAAAGAAUUGUAUGCGGUAUAGAAGGACGUAAAACCAUGCUAUUAAGCCAAAAAAGGGACAGAUCAAAGAAAUAUCUAUACUAUAGACUUCAGUGCUCUUGAAAAUCUUUCCGAAGUCAACCGAAGCAUAAUACAUCAACCAGAACCAAGUCAACAAGUUUCUGCAAGUAGUUCGUCAGGUGAAGGUAUGUCGUGAAAAUUUAUAUCGUAUAUUAAGACCCUUUUGAAGUUUGACAUUCGACUAAUAAUAAAUGCUUAGCUCUAUAUGAACUGAUUUGGUGUAAUUAUUUAAUGUUUUUGACUUUUUGGCAUGUAGUAAAACUCGUCACGACUCAGACAGUCAACUCAGAGGUUUGUUGAUUUUAAUUUUAUAUGUUUGUAUUUAUAAUACUGCAGUUGGUGUCAGUGUGAUAGAAGAUACUGUGUCAGGUGAAGAAGCAGUAGAUGUUGAUAAUGAUGGAGAACCAGGAGAAGAAGCAUUUCUCGAGGAAUACACUGCCGAGGGUUUGAUAGAGGAA